UGAAUAUGCCCGAAUGCCGCCGCUCUUUCUUCUGGAACCAUACGAACCGUGCGUCCAGAAACUAUGGCAGUAUUACUUCGUUACUUUUGCCCUGGUUUCCGAUACCCCGAGUCAAUUACUGGACUUGAUACAAGAGUAUUCAUCAUUCAAAGUGACGCAUUUCAAUCAUACAAUCUUACAACACGGAGUAUGUAUUGAAAGUAGAAACAAUACAAACUCAGACAUCAAAGAAACUCUGGAAUUUCAUCUUAAUGAAACUAUAUUUAGCAAAUAUAACUUAAAGACUAAAGUGCUAAAAUAUUAUGGUAAAGACGAAGACACUAAAAUAGAUACUGGUGAUGUGAUCGUUGCAGUAAUUAUUUUGGGAAUUUUGUUCUUAAAUGUUAUUGGAUCCUUCUACGAUGUUUGCAGGAAUGAGAAGAAUGGAACUGGGUUAAAUAUAUUAUUGUGUUUCUCCAUACGUCAGAACUGGAGAAAACUGAUGACUCCUGUCGGCAAGAGCGACCCCAGAUUGGAACGGUUGAAAAGUAUUAACGGAAUAAGAACCUUAUCAACAUCCCUGGUGAUCAUGUCGCAUGCCUUCCUACCAGCACUCAUUUAUAUCGACAACCCACAAGCAGUCGAGGAGACUUACAACAACGUCGCAAACCACAUAUUCUCCAACGGGUCCAUCAUCAUGCAGACGUUCUUCACGAUCUCAGGGUUCCUGCUGGUAUAUAAUCUGCAGAUCGCGGCUGAAAAGAAUUCCUAUGAGUGGCUCACACUGCCAAGAGGAGUUCUUCUGCGAUGGUUGAGGCUCACCCCCGCCUAUGCUCUAGUUCUGGCUGUUACAGUCACAUGGAUGAGGCAUGCUGGAUCUGGCCCGUUAUGGCAACCCGUAGUGGGGACGGAAGCACGGGAUUGUGCACGAAACUGGUGGCUCCAUCUGGUGCUUCUCAACAACUACGUCGAUGGCUCUGAAUGCAUGGUGCACACUUGGUAUCUAGCAGCAGACUUCCAUCUCUACAUCCUGGGUAUCAUCGUCUUCGUAUCCUGUAGGACCACUAGAGCGAGGGUCGUUUCCUUAUCUCUACUCUUCAACCUUGGUCUCAUCACUUCAGCUCUCCACACUUACUUCCAAGAUCUGGACGCGGCAGUUAUAUUUUCUCCAGAGACGAUCCGCUGGACGUUCAAAAACGACCGGACGUAUAAUCACGUGUACAAGCGGAGUCAUACCAACAUAAGCUGCUAUGUCCUCGGCUUGGCCCUUGGAUACAUCGUUUACUACGCGCAGAAAACUAAUUUCGAUGUUCAAAAGUAUAAGAAAUACCGCAUGCUCCUUUGGAGUGCGUUUCCCGUGGGCCUCUUACUGAUCCUGAGUGCUAGCUUGUUCUACGCGGACCGGGGCUCCAUGCCGCUGCGGAUGGCAUAUGCGGCUUUGGCGAGGCCGCUCGACGGCCUGUUAUUAGCAUGUUACAUAUUCAGUUCGGUGCUCAAGUAUGAAGAUGUGUACCGCGGCGUGGUAGAGUGGCGCGGCUGGACAGUCCCCGGGCGGUUAUCAUUCAGCGCGUACUUGCUGCACGCCUCCUUCGUGCGGUACGCCGCCGGGGUCCAAACCAUCAUCACACACUCCACGAAGCUGCACAUGGUGCAACUAUUCCUGUUCUUCCUAAUGGUGUCGUAUUUAGCUGCUUUCGUGUUCUGGAUUGUGGUGGAGGCGCCGUUGGGACAACUUGUGAAAGUUACAUUUGAGAGGCGAAGAAGAACUAAGAAUAUAGAUGAGAAACCGGAGAAGAUGAUCGAAUGAAUAUGUUCUUUGUUGGAUUAUGCUUUUAAAUAAAUUAAUAUUGAAUAAGA